AUGUCAACUAUUAAUACAGAUAAUGUGAAUUCUAUUCCAUCAAAUGAAGUUGUUCAUACACAACAACUAAAUGAUGGUAUAGUGAUAAAUCAACCAUUAUUGAGUUAUACACAAAUAAACGUUGAACCUAAUCAAAAUUCUUCUCAACAUUUACCGACGUCUACAUCUAUUUGUGAAAAUAACGAAAUAACACCAAUUGUAUGUAUUCAUGAUGAUAGCAAUGAUUAUAAUUUACAUUCAGAAAAUAUUCAUGAUAUAAAAGAGUAUAGAAUAUGGUCAAUUUUUACUAUGCUAUUCUGUUUCACUUUCAUUGGUGUCUAUGCAGUUGGUAUGUCUCGUCAAACAAAAACAAAAAAACUUCAAGGUGAUUAUUUAAGUGCACGAUACGAUUCAAAUAUGACUGCAUUGUUAAAUAUAAUCGGUACACUUUCUGGUAUUGUUAUUUAUUCUCUUGGUGGUCUUCGAUUAACUGGACAUAUUGUAAUGAAUUCUUUUUCAAAAUAG